AUGCCAGACUACACAGCCUCUCUCACAAAUCAUACUACCGAGAACUACCUCAAGCAUGGGGACUUUGUCUUCUCAGACAAGCAUGCGUCUCCGAUUCUCAACAUGCUGAACCCCCAGCCAGGCGAGGCGAUCGUGGACCUCGGGGCCGGCACGGGCCAGCUCACGGAGAAGAUCAAGCUCGCUGUGGGCGUAUCGGGCAGGGUCGUAGGAAUCGACUCGAGCGAGGACAUGCUUAAACACGCAGCAAUCAAUUCUGGCAAGCUUGACGUUGCGUACUUCAAAGGCGACAUCCAGGACCACACUACACUUGAUCCGUCUCUCGAGGGCAAGUUUGACGCCGUCUUCUCCUCUGCCACGUUCCAUUGGUGCAAGCGCGAUCCAGGAGGUGUCGUGGAAACGAUGAAGUGGCUUCUCAAGCCAGGUGGCCGCGCGGUCUUUGAGUUUGGCGGCUUUGGAAACGUAACUGGCGUUCGUGGUGCUCUCCACGAAGUUGUUCGUCGCCAUGGAGGCAACCCUAUCGAAUCAGACCCAUGGUACUUCCCCACGGCCGAGCAGUACUCAAAGCUCCUCAUCAAGCACGGCCUGCAACCAGUCCAGGUUGACCUCGUACCUCGCCCAACCGCUCUGUCGACAGACAUGGUCGGUUGGCUCAAGACCUUUGCACGCAACUCGUUCAUGAUGGCUUUCAACCAGACCGAAGCGGACAAGAUGAUGGACGAGGUUAGCGAAAUGACUCGGCCGGACGCGUUCUGGUGCGACUCAGCUCCGGGAGCUGGCAUUCUGGCAGACUCGCCUUGUGCUGAAGCCUGUCCCAGCGGAUGGGAAAUCAUGUACGUCCGCCUGCGAGGCAUCGCCGUCAAAUCCACCUAG